ACGGGAAUGCGGCAGCAAGCUCAUUGCGCCCAACCGCCCACACUGGACCAUGCUCCUCCGAAAGGACAGUCGUGGGAAAGGGCCUGCUAUUCGGUGGGACGCUACGGGCAGCGCUUUCUGAAGCAGUCAUCCCGUUCAUCACCUUCGCUGUUGCUGCUUCUGGAGCAAUACAACCACUGGACAUCACGUGUUGUCACAGGAUUAUAACAUCAACCGACCGGAAUGUACAUGAACUUCUCCCUGUGGCUGCUCGCUGUUAUAACCGUCGAUAAUAUACGCGCUUCUGGAAGUUUGGAAACGAAAAUCCAUGUAGAUUGCGAAAGUGACAGAGAAAACAUGCUAGUGGUCGUGAAGACGGACGACUCGUUCUUUGGCCAUGUCUACGUCACCGGACGUCAUCUGGAUCCUGCCUGCUCGGUCACCGGAACAGGAGGGAACAUCACUGUGCUCAGAGUGCCUUUCAAAGGUUGCCAUACGAAACAGAGACCUGGUGGACUGUUCAUAAGCCACGUGACAGUACAACAACAUGGGUCUAUCCUAAGAGCUGGAGACAGCGACUACGAGGUCGGCUGCAAAAUGUUCGAUGGCGACCUAAAGGUGACCAGCCGUUCGGCCACGUUGCCAGACCCCGUCGCCCUAGAAGCAGGCAACGCGACGGCACCUCAAGUCCUCCUGCGCGUGUACGACUUCGAGAAUGAUGUGUUCGCGAACACGGUGCGACUUGGACAGGUCGUCGAGCUUGAAAUCACUAUUCGUGACGGACGUCUCUACAAGGGAAGCGUCAAGGACUGCGACGCCAUAGGAGCGGGAAACGUUGUCUUCCCCGUCAUUCGAAAUUACUGCCCCGUGGAUCGCACGGUAUCCGACAAGGUGUACGUGGACGACCAGAGCCGCACGACUGGGGACUAUUACCUCUACAUACCACUCAAAGUGUUCCGAUUCUUGGACGGCACCAGGGUGUCAUUCUCCUGCAACGUCAUUGUAUGCAAGGACGACUGUCCUGGGACGGAUUGUGGUGAUGAUGUGGGAAUGUCAUACGGAAGACGACGACGAUCAACCUCCGUUGUGGAAGUGCGACCAGAACAGACGGGACAACUGCGCACCGUCACCCGUGACGUCACGGUACUCGACCAGGGACAGUAUCGAGGACAGCAUAAGAGCACUGAUGCCGUUGGAUCUUCUAGCUGGGAGCCUGUGGAACGGCGGGAGAGAAUUCGGACGCGGACGAGUCGUCCGAAUUUCGAGGACAGCACCGCACCAGCCUGCCGGAACACACUCAUGGACAGCAUAUCCUUCGCGUGGGUCAUCGGCGGAGUGGCACUCCUCAUCGGUCUCUUUCUGUCACUGUUCCUGAACGCCGUUCUCUACCGCGCCGUCAGACGAAAGCAAGAGACACUCAGCUACGACAACAACGAAUCCAAUCCGGAGACCGGCAGCGUGUGUUCGGACAGCACGACAGGUAGCCAAGCAGCCUUUGAGAUCAAGUACCCUUCGAUCCCACCGAGGCCCGAAAGCAUUUAUGGCUUCAGUAUGUUUGGGUUUAAUCGUUUCUGAGAGAGACGAUAUGUGAUGAUAUGAGUGUCUUUGACUCCUCAAGGCGGUCAGCCUACUGUUCUUAGCUGCUGCGAGGACGAAGGACACACUGCCCACAGGGGAAUGGUGCGGUCGUAUAGGUUUUGGAGUCCCAGACAGCACAUAGCUGUUUUUUAUUCGCUAAGAGCUUUUAAUAAAAGGCUAUAAGAGCAGGACAGAUGCCGGUUUUGCGGACCGGCUGAACGGUCGAGCGGACAUGCGACUACCAGAUGUCUAAUCAACUAACUUAUAAGUUUUCAGGGAAAUGUGAGAUAGCCGAAUUGGAGCUAGCCAUUAUUCAAAGCCACUCUCCUUUUUUGAAAAAAAAAAGAAUACGAAACGAGCAAAUGCGCCGAAAUAUCCGUAACCAAAUUUUAUUAUACAAAUGAAGCGAAACCGAAACAAAGUGCGUCUCGAUUGCAGGGAGAACAACGUCCACUUCUCGUCGAAGGGUCGCGUGCUUUGGAGCGACGGAGAUGAUUGGACUAGGCGCUGAUCUGCUGGCAGGAUCCACCGCCUUGCACUCUAGAUAAGCCGCAAAAGGCGAAGGUCGUGUUCUUCCUCGGCUCCUGAUGCGCUUCGUUUCGGUUUCGGUUCGCUCAGUAGCAUAGCAAAAUUUCGGGAUUGGUACACCAAAGUACGUGCGUGUUUGUGAAAAUAUUGUGGCUUUAAAUAAUGACUGGCCCCAGUUCUGCUAUAUUUCAAAUUUUCCCGAAAAUAAUAUCUAAUAAAAAAGUUGAUUAAUGACUUUUAGUGAAGUAUAGUCAUCUAGUAGGCUACGCAUUGAACAGAAUGUCCUUGUCUGCAAAUGUUUAUGCAGAUGCAAUGGCCUCCAAGAAUUGCACCUGUGCUGCUGUCUUGUUAUUUUUUAUAAACAUAUCUGUAAGGAGUAAAAAAAGCACCUACCUAUGUGUAUAUGUGUGCAUAAACGUGCAUGUACGAAUAAAGCUCUAGUUAGUGCUGACUGGUACGUACACGAAUGCCGUUUUCAUUGCGGCAGGCAAAGUUCGAAUGAUGACGUCUUGGGUAACAUGGCUCUCGAACAAAACUGGUGCUGGAUCUAGUGUCUUUCUUCGACGAACGUGGAUAGAAAAUGUUGUUUUUCUUCCUGCUCUGCACGUUGUUGGAUUAAAUGCACAUUGUUUCGUAAUGUUUAUCAAAUGGAAACGCAAUGUGUAUUUCGUCAUUUUACACCGCCACAUCUUCUGUAAGUAUACUGCGAGAGUAGGUUUGUAUAAUGUCCAUGUUACUGCGGGAACUCUCUCUACCACCGCCAUGUACUCGGCCGUCGCCAGGUACAUACUAUUGUACUAAAAAAAUAUCAUUCUACGUGUACCACACAAAUACUACCCCAUCCAUGUGUCAUUAAAAUAUUUCUGGCGGCA